AUGCUGUCAUCUCUCUCUCUCUCUUUCUCUCUCUCUCUCUUUCUCCCUCUCUUUCAAUUCAUUCUCUCUUUAUCCUUUCCUUCCUCGUCACACAAUCGUUUCACAGGCUUCCCACCUGCUGCUCGGGGAACCUCACGUCUAUCUAUCUAUCUAUCUAUCUAUCUAUCUAUCUAUCUAUCUAUCUAUCUAUCUAUCUAUCUAUCUAUCUAUCUAUCUAUCUAUCUAUCUAUCUAUCUAUUACAGGUAAUCGAGGCGCGUAACUUAGUGCUUAAGCACGUGUAUCUAUCUAUCUAUCUAUCUAUCUAUCUAUCAGUUUGUUCAUAUCUAUCUAUCUAUCACGUGUAUCUAUCUAUCUAUCUAUCAGUUUGUUCAUAUCUAUCUAUCUAUCUAUCUAUCUAUCUAUCUAUCUAUCAGUUUGUUCAUAUCUAUCUAUCUAUCUAUCUAUUAAAGAAAAUCAAGGCGCGUAGUGAUAAAGCACGCAUGGCUAUCUAUCAGUCUGUUCAUAUCUAUCUAUCUAACUGUUUAUUAAUAUCACUCUCUCUCUCUCUCUCUAUCUAUCUAUCUAUCUAUCAAUGUUUGUUCAUAUCUAUCUAUCUAUCUAUCUAUCUAUCUAUCUAUCUAUCCUACAUGUAA